CUUGGAGUAGCUCUCCUCUGCGCGAGGCUCACCGUUUUGGGGCUUGGCAGUGAGUGAUGACUACAGCACGGGCAGCUCAAGUCUAGCUCUAGCAUUCUGGCACACACACAGUGAAAAACAGAGAGAGAGAGAAAGAGCGGAUGUCACUGAAGAACCAUGGCAGGUGCAGUUUUUCUACUUGGAAGAAGCUGGAUAAUGCAAAUGAGUUGAAAGCAGAGAACAGCUUCGUAUGGAUUUAUCUGCCUGAUUGUAAUCUCAUGUGAUCAUACUUGUUUUGGAAGAUCACACAUUGUUCCUGAGGAUCCACAUUUAUCCUGCUGCUUGGAGCAAAAGCUAAUUAUUGGGACUUUCGUUUCUAUCUAAAGAACUGAUGGUAAAGUUUCUGCCACCGGUUUUCAUUCUUUAAUCAAGAAAUUUUAGCACUACUGGCUGUCAAACAUUUUAAUUGUAUCCAUAAAGAGUCCACUUAGUAAGUAGACUCUCUUCGGAGCGUCAAUACAAUGCCUGGAUUACCCUUUUGACUGCUUAGUGAACCCGUGUGAAAUCACCGCGGAGGAGGUACGGUGGGGGCUGAGUGUAUGGGAGCUGCAUUCCUCCACUUGAGACCGAACUGAUAAUCCAACAUCCUGACCGGCGAUACAAACCGAUCGGAUACAAACGCUGUAGGGACAGGACUGGAACCACCCUUCACAGUCUAGGUCAAAGGGAUUGGCAGAAGAAUGCUGGCGCCAGGUGCCCAGGGGCAGGAUGGCGAUGUGUUGGCAGAGAGCUGCGGUUGUUAGAUGGUUCCUCUUGAUGCUCCUGUGGCACUGGGCACCUCUGGGCCCUCUGAGCUGGUUUCUGGCUCUGGCUGAGCGUCUGGACCAGAAGACCUCACCGUUCUCUUCCAUCUCCGGCCGGAGCAGCGGCCAGCUGGAUUGGCUCCUGUCUGAUAAAGGGCCCUUCCAUCGCUGUCCAGAAUACACAGAGUUCAAAGAGCGCUUCCAACAAGGCUUCUCCACACGCUACAAAAUCUACAGGGAGUUUAGUCACUGGAAAGUGAACAGCUUGGUGACAGAAAAGAGAGACUUCUUCAAAGCCCCGCUGCCUUUGGCUCCAGAGUUUUUACGCAACCUCAGGCUUCUGGGGAGAAGGCCGAGUCUUCAGCAGAUCCAUGAAAAUCUGAUCAAGAAAUAUGGCACUCAUUUCUUGGUUUCAGCCACAUUGGGAGGAGAGGAGUCACUCACAAUCUUCUUGGACAAACAAAAGCUGAGCAAAAAAUCUGAGGGCAACGGAAACAGCUCCGUGGUCUCACUAGAAAUCUUGCACCAGUUGGCGGCGUCGUACUUCACAGACAGAGAGAGCACCCUGAGAAGACUUCACCACCUGCAGAUCGCUACAUCUGCCAUCAAGGUGACGGAGACCAGAACGGGGCCUCUUGGAUGCAGUAACUACGACAGCCUGGAUUCCGUCAGCUCCGUCUUAGUGCACAGCCCCGAAAAUAAGAUCCAUCUGAAAGGUCUUCAGGAUGUGCUUCCCGAGUUCCUGCGGAAUCGUUUUGUGGAGGCGGCCCUCAGUUAUGUGGCGUGUAAUUCGGAGGGCGAACUACUGUGCCGUAACAAUGACUGCUGGUGCCGCUGCUCCACAAAGUUCCCUGAUUGUAACUGCCCUUUUGCAGACAUCAAAGCCAUGGAGGAGAGUCUGCGUAAGAGCAAAGAAUCCUGGAUCAACCUCAACCAAGACUUCAUAGAGUCAGAUGAGUUCAAGGCCUUUCUCAAGAAAUUGCCCACGGAUAAUUUUUUAAACACCUCUGCCGUCUUAAAGUUCUGGACAUCAGAUCUGGUCCUGCAGAGACGUUAUGGCCUGCUGGAGGCGAGCACUAAAGUGGUGCUGGGAAAAGCCAUCAAGAUAGUGCGCAAACUCUUUGCUCUCAGCAAGCGCUGUCCUACGCAGCCAAAAAUCAGCCUGCCUAGAGAAAGGACGCUGGGGUUUUGGCUCAACAAAGCUCAGUCUCUGUUGUACUGCAGUGAGCAUGGUGUGCACGGCACAUUCUCUGAGGAUCUGCAGGGCUGCAUCUGCGCUGCAGAGCAACGCACCGUCUGCCAGGGCACUGUGCCAUGUAGGGUGGGUGAGGGUACCCUCUGCUCCUCCUGCGCCCCGGACAACAUCACCCGCUGUGGCACAUGCCUCCCAGGCAGCAUCCUGCAUAUGGGCUUCUGUCGACCCAAUAUUGCCAACUCUUUAGACCACUAUGUCAACUUUGACUUUGACAUGCCGGACGCAGAGAUGCGUUACCUCCUUCAAAGGCUUGACAGUCGCAUGGAGGUCCACGCCAUCUACAUCAGCAAUGAUGUGCGGCUAGGGAGCUGGUUCAACCCAGCGUGGAGGAAGCGCAUGCUGCUCACCCUCAAGAGCAACAAGAACAAGUCCAACCUCAUCCACAUGCUGAUGGGGAUCUCUUUCCAGAUCUGUUCCACCAAGAACAGCACCCUGGAACCCGUGCCUGCAAUCUAUGUUAACCCCUUCGGGGGAAGUCACUCCGAGAGCUGGUUUAUGCCUGUCAACCAGCAGGACUUCCCGGACUGGGAAAGAACUAAAUUGGACGCCUCGCUCCAGUGCUAUAACUGGACCCUCCCUCUUGGCAGCAAGUGGAAGUCUUUCUUUGAAACGGUGCAUAUUUACCUGCGAAGUCGCAUCAUCACGGACGAUCCCGUCGUCAAUGAGACACUUUUUUAUGAGCCGCUGGAUCUGGAUGACCACUCGGCUAACCUGGGCUAUAUGAAAAUCAACAGCCUGAAGGUGUUUGGCUACAGCAUGCACUUUGAUCCCGAGGGGAUCAAGGACCUGAUCCUCCAGUUGGACUACCCGUACACGCAGGGCUCGCAGGAUGCAGCCUUCCUGAUGCUUCUGGAGAUGAGGGACCGUAUCAACCGACUCUCUCCACCCGGGGCCCAGCCGCUGGACCUCUUCUCCUGCCUCCUGAGGCACAGGCUCAAGCUUUCGUCCAGCGAGGUGGUACGCAUACGGGAAGCGCUCCAGAGUUUUAAUGCCAAGCUUCCCAACUCCACUGAGCCAGAACUCAGCCAGCUGUGCAGCUAGCUCAAAUGAGCCUCUGUCGCUCAUCCUUGCCUGCCUGUGAGAAUGUAUUUGUAAAUGUGAUGAGAAAAGAAAGGAAAUGGAAAUAUAUUCUCAGUGUCUGCGUAAAUGUUUGUGGCUGAGAUUUUCUUUGAACACUCUUCCUUUGAGUGGCAAUAGUAAGAAACAGAAAUUUUGAUUGUGACUGAUUCUGGAGCAUACCAUUUGGAAGCCGUAAGUUGCCAGAAUAUUCCCCUCCUGGGAACACCUUGUUGGAUCUAGCCUACAGUCAAACUUACUUCGUGUUUACUUGGGUUCUUUUAAAGACAGUGGGGAUUUUACCUAAGUGGACUGCCUACAUGAUCAAAGAAAAAUAAGUGAGAAUAAAUAUGGUUUCCAAGCACAUAUGUGCUGGUGCUGUUGUUAUUCUUGGUGAUGUCAAUGUCUGAGAUGAAUCUGGAGAAUCGACAGUUCCAAUGUAAAAUCUAUUCAAAUGUAAAGAGUUGGAGCACAGGGGUCCAACAAAUAUAACAAUCAGCAGAGACUUAGAUUUGUGCUUUUUUAUUUUAUCUGGAGUCGCAAAUCCUGUAUUGUGAAAUCUGUAUAUCUGUAUUUAAUGUGGGAUUGAAUUGCAGGAAUGUUGGAUAGAAAAUCCUUUGUAUUCAGAGAUAAGGCUAAACCAAAAGGUAAACAUGAAAGCAAACUGAAUGGAACAAUUUCUUUACUUUUCUAAUGUUCGCUGAAAUCUCUUUUGAGAAGGCAACUAAGGUUACAGUACAUACUUACAAUAUUGUUUUGAACAGGUAUGUGGGUUGCUUUGUAAAUACUGCUCAUCUCAUUCAAGGCGUGAAAAGCUUCACACUGCUUCUUGGAUACAUACUGAUAAACACCCAUAUUUGUACUUUCUAAAAGUGCAAACACCAAAAAAAUAAAUAAAUAAAACACACACACACACACUUCAACACAAAACAAUUGCCUUAUGAAGUGAAGUCUCUGUUCUGAUAUCAAAGCACACUUGCCUGUAUGUCUCUCUCUCUCUCUUUAGGAAACAAAAGCUGAAGACAUGUAUUCUCUUUCUUUUUUCCCUCUAUACUAAAUUCUGAUUUUCAGUGACCUCUAAUCUGUAAAUGUUCAUUUUUAAUUGAAGUGUUAUAUGAGGAGUGCAUUACGUGUCAUCUAUGUGCAAAUACAGAUUUACAUUUACAUCUUCUGAUUCAAUAGCUUUGUUUUCCACAGCAUUUUCCUGCUUUUCUAUCACAUUUGAUGAUGUGACGAGGCAUAACUGUAAUACAUGAAUUGAUUUUAGCAUCUAGAGGCAAUUAUUUCCACUCAUUAUUUAAUAACUGUACAUGUACUGCUAAAGUGUUCUUGAUUUAGCUACUUGGGUUGUAGCAUUUGUCAACACAAACAGCCACAAAAUUACAGCCUUUGACAACACAGAGCAUUUAUUACUGCUUUUUAUAGAAAACCGGAAUGUGUGGAAAUGUCUGUGAAAAUUGCAUAUAUGCAUCAACAUAAAAAAGCUAUCAGUUUUCUGUCAAGAUAAGAUGGAUCGCUCAAUAUAUGAGGAGCAACUUAUACAGUGUGGGGCAAAAAAAAGGAAUAAAAAAAGUGCAAUUUAUGCUGUUGUCAUGGAGAACCGUAAGACCUUCACAUAGUCUGUCUCAAUACAUCUGUGACUCAAUGGCGAAAGGGGAAAAACAUUUUCGCUAAAUUCAGAAGAUGAAAAUCACAGGGAGUGUGUAAAUGGGAGUUGUUUAUCUUAAUGUGUAAGACAGGAAUCAGUUUUCGCCCUUCAACAAAUCGUCAAGACAGCGAAGGCCGUCUAAUCAAUCACAACAGCCCUGUACAAACUGGUAUUUUCCCUUGAGAAGUAAUGUCGAAACAUUUCUGUAGUUAAAAAUCUAUCGUGAUUAAACUGCUUGAAGUUAUGAAACAAUUUCUAAAAACUUCAAAUAAUUAAGUCGUGAUUACAAAUAUACCGUACACCAUAAUAAACAGCAAAAAUCAGUCCAAGGCACUCAAAAAAUGUGGACAACUUAUUAAAAAGCCUUUAUUCACAUGGCUAAUCCAGGAUUAUAAAGGCUUUUUAAUAUUCUUUCCACAUAUUUCGAGUGCCUUGGACUGAUUUUUGCUGUUUAUUCUGAUGAAUCUCUUACCCAAAGAGCACUGACACAUUAUUUAAGCUACCCCUGAGCACUUUUUGUUUGAUUUUGGAUUUUUAUACUGGGUAACACUUAGACUGUCUGCUUAAUAUCUGUCGAUAUAGCUUCUUCAACAGACAUUUAACUGACCACAAGAAACUUUGCAAGUACAUGUCAACUUACACGAACCAUAAAGCUAACCCCAACCUAUCAGUCUACUUAUAAUCUAAUGAGAAUUAGUUGGCAGGUUGAUGCAAUGUAACUUAAAUUCAACAAAUGGACCAUCAAAAUAAAGUGUGACCUUAUACUGUACACCAUCUUUUAAAAGUUUGGGGUCAUGUAUGUUGUCCUGUUUAUUUUCAAAUGUGCUAAAGGAAACUUGGUUUAGUUUGUACUUGUUAUAAAAUUGAAAAGAGACCAUUUUUUUCUUCAGUAAUUACACCAAUCUGUAGUGUCAUGUUAUAUUUUAUUCCUUUUCUAAAUAAGUCUAUUGUGUUUACAAGUGGGGACUUUCUUAAAAAUAGACUGAAAGAAAUCAUGUCAAAUCAUAAGGUUGUGCUAUAAAAGAUUCUUAUCCGUGAGCUUUACUGAAAAAGCUUUAGAUUUUCCAUCAAGUUAUAUUUUUCAGAUGUCAUUGGGAAAAUA